UUCAGCGCAGCUCUCGGUUUCCGUUCUCCGUCUCUCACUCUCUCUCUUCUCCUCCGAAGAAAUUCAGUGUGAUUUUUGGAGCCAAACCUAACCUCUCGAGCGCGCAUAUCCAAAGUUUGAAACUUGACAACCUUAAAGUCCUUUAACCACAUUUUCCCUUGUGACUGAGAAUUUUUCGACAUGGAUAGCCUUCAAGCCACGUACAGAGACGAUGAGGAUGAAGAAGACCUGUCAGCUCCCACCGCCGCCGCCGCAGCCGGCUGUGGCACUGACGCCGAAUCUCAAGAUGUUCCUCCAGUUACUACCAGCACUCCUUCAGACACCCCAACUGAAGCAAAUAUUGAUGCCAAAUUGGAGCCUGAUCCCUCCGAUGAGAUAUCCGAGGACGAAGCGAUGUCUGACGGUUCUGGGGACCCUAAGAAAUCGCCAAAAUCCGGAAGAGAACUGGAGAAUGAUGAGGAAGACGAAGAUCCACCUCCUAAGAAGCAGAAACAGCUUUCUUCUCUUACGACCGAAACUGCAAAGGAUGAAUCGUCCGUAUUGCCUGAUGCAGUUGAUGGGAAUAAUGGUUUGAGUAAUGCCGCUGCUGUGACGCCAGGGUUAGGAACAGGGACGAAUUCGAAGAAAUCGAAGAAGAAAAGUAACAAUGUGUGGGUGACAAAAUCAACUCGGAAAGGAAAGAAGAAGAGUAAAACCAACAAUAACAACAACCCUGUUGAGGACACUGUUCUUAUCACCCCUGUUCCAAGGUUCCCCGAUAAAACCGAUGAUACUUCAGACAUGAAAAUUUGUUUGUCUAAGGUGUACAAAGCAGAGAAGGUGGAACUGAGUGAGGAUAGGAUGAGUGCGGGGAGUACAAAGGGUUAUAGAAUGGUGAGAGCAACGAGAGGAGUUGUUGAAGGGGCAUGGUACUUUGAGAUAAAGGUUGUGAAGUUGGGGGAAACUGGGCAUACUCGCCUAGGAUGGUCAACUGAGAAGGGAGACUUGCAGGCACCAGUUGGCUAUGAUGCAAACAGUUUUGGAUACAGGGAUAUUGAUGGGAGUAAGAUACAUAAGGCAUUGAGAGAGAAGUAUGGAGAGGAGGGGUACAAGGAAGGUGAUGUUAUUGGGUUCUAUAUUAAUUUGCCAGAUGGAGCGACGUAUGCACCCAAGACACCACAUUUGGUUUGGUAUAAAGGGCAAAGAUAUGUUUGCGGACCAGAUGCAAAGGAAGAUCCACCCAAAGUGGUGCCCGGAAGUGAGAUAUCUUUCUUCAGAAAUGGUGUAUGCCAAGGAGUAGCUUUCAAGGAUCUUUACGGUGGUCGCUAUUAUCCCGCAGCUUCGAUGUACACCCUCCCCAACGAGCCGAACUGCACGGUCAGGUUUAACUUUGGUCCACAGUUCGAAUUAUUUCCUGAGGAUUUCGGUGAACGGCCGAUUCCGAUGCCAAUGGUUGAAGCUCCAUAUCAUGGUUUUGACAACAAAGUUGAAAAUGUUGAGUCUAACGAGAAGAAAUCCUAGCAAGUCUUAGCCCAUGAAAUUACUGGGUAUGACAUUGCACAGUUGGUUGUAAUUCUAGUUGGUUGUUAAAAUGAAAACUGAGAAUCACUAAUGGAUAGAUUUUUGAUGUAGACUCUUUAACAGAGAGAAAUUGUCCAUGUGAAAUACAGAACAUGUGUACAAAGUUUUGGCAUUGUC